AUGAAUGUAGAACUCCUGAACAGACCCAUAACAAAAGAAGAACUAGAAAAGGCCAUGAGGAAACUUCCAGCCAAGGAAAGUCCAGGACCAGAUGGCUUCACAGGGGAAUUCUACCAGUCAGAGAAUGUAGCUGGACACUACAUUUCCCCCUUUCAUGAUAUUCCUCUGAAUGUGGACUCCACAGAGGAAAAUGGCAUUCCUACAAAGAAAGCACGAAAUGAUGAAAAUGAGACUCUGUUUAAUAUGGUUGUAGAAGUACCGCGAUGGACCAAUGCUAAAAUGGAGAUUGCCACCAAGGAGCCCCUGAAUCCCAUUAAACAGGAUGUGAAGGGGGGCAUGCUGCGCUAUGUGGCCAAUAUCUUCCCUCACAAGGGUUACAUAUGGAAUUACGGUGCCCUCCCUCAGACUUGGGAAGAUCCUCAUCAUAAAGAUAAGAAUACAGAUUGCUGUGGAGAUAAUGACCCCAUUGAUGUUUGUGAAAUAGGCUCAAAGAUUUUUUCUCGUGGAGAGGUCAUCCAAGUGAAGAUCCUUGGAAUUUUGGCUCUUAUUGAUGAAGGUGAAACUGAUUGGAAAGUAAUUGCUAUCAAUGUGAAUGAUCCGGAAGCCUCAAAGAUUCAUGAUAUCAAUGAUGUUAAGAAGUACAAACCAGGUUACUUGGAGGCUACGCUUAAUUGGUUUAGAUUGUAUAAAGUACCAGAAGGAAAACCAGAAAACAAGUUUGCUUUUAAUGGAGAAUUUAAAAACAAGGUGAGCACUAACGCGCAGGUAUGUGAUAGCCCUUUCCGUUGCACUGAAGAGGAAGCAAGAUCCUUAGUUGAAUUGGUAUCGACUUCAUCAAAUAAAGGAAGUAGUGAAGAAGAACAAGGCUGGCACUUCCUUGGCAAGUGACUGAGACAUUUGAAAAUCCGACAUGAAGGCUCCAAUCAUUCCUGUGCCCCUCAUAUUACAGACAAGCAGGUGUCUGAGUGUUUGCUGACUUCCUAUUGAAACUGUUUCCCCCGAAAACUUUUUGAAAUCUGUAGUAUGUAAAUAAACAUUGAAUUUUUUUGAA